CAGACGCUGCCGCAGAUUCAGCACAACACCGAGUAGGCUGAUCAAUGACAGACAUUCAAUAUUGCAACUGCGAAUGUGUCGUUGCAUAGGUUCUCCUGGGUGCCUUAGGAGCGCCACAACAACUCUGCAGCCUUCGCACCCUUACCCCAUCUAUGAGCCUUGCGCUUUACUGGCAUCAUGAUCACUCUCGUGGCAGUGAUCGUGGCUGCAGCUCUAGCGCUUGUUCUGCAAUACUGCAACAGACGCCGUGGAUGUACCGAAACGUAUGCCAUCCUCGACCAUGUCUUCCUCAACGUCCGGGCUCCCACAUCCGAGUGGCUCAAUAUGGGUUGGUGGGAGGAUUCAAAUGUGCAGUUCUCGGAGGCGGCAGAACGCUUGGCCACAAAAGUACUUGAGCGCGUUCCGGCUCUGAAGCCUUCUCCGCGUAUCCUCGACGUGGGCCACGGUUGCGGCGAUUCUUUGCUCCUCAUACAUGAGCUCUUGCGUCCCGCCGUCUUGCAUGGCGUGACUUCUUUGCCAAAGCAAGCCAAGCGGGCUCAAGUGCGCACUCAGGGCAAGGCGACCAUAUUCUGCGCAGAUGCCACCUCAUGGCUCGAGCAAAGCGGCGAACAAUACGAUGUUAUCGUCGCUAUCGACUGCGCAUAUCACUUUCCUGAUCGCCAGCGAUUCUUCAAAGCCUGUGCCGCUCAUCUCAAGUCAGGCGGUCACCUGGUACUCUUUGACCUGGUGGGAUCGUGGCCGUAUCCACCGUCAAAAAAUCCAGAGGAAAUUGGAGAGGAGGCAUUGGAUAGCUUUCUAGCUUCUAGUCUGCCGCCCGCAACGCGUGCGCCGUCACUUCUGGACAUUUUCAAGCACAGGCUGGCCUGCCUCAUGACGUCGACGCCGUUCCGCAACCUGUGUCCCCUCUCUUCCUACCAAGAGCAGCUCCGACAUGCAGGCUUCUGCAAUAGUUCCAUUGCGGACGUCUCACACGCAGUCUUUCCUGGCUUCGCCCGAUUCUUACGAGGCUUGGGGAGAGGCGGCGAGCAGGCCUGGAGGAAGGGGUCUCCAGUCCAGCUUGCAGGCCUGCACACUUUUGGACAAGUUGUGGAGAAGUGGGCUCAAGGUGGGAAUGCCGGCCUCGUUCGGGGUGUAAUCGUCCGUGCGACUUUUGAUGACCAGUCACAAAAGUAGUACAUCUAGAUGAAGGAUUCACGAUAUUUUCUUCGGGUCUACGGUGAUAAUACUUGCUCAGCACAUUGUUUGAUAAGCGCGAACGUCGCGUCCACAUGCCGUUGCUCUGUCUGCGGGCUUCCGACAGCCAUGCGAAUGCAGAAGCCAAUUUCAGGUAGGACGGUCUGCGUCAAGGCGAAUUCGGUUGCGCGGGACGAAAGGGCAUCCCAGAAUUUUCGAUUCAGCGUAUCCAGCUCUUGGUCCGACAGUUCAGCUCGGCGGGCGCGGAAAACUACGAGAGACCACUGUGGCGGGGCUACAACCUCGAGAAGAUCUCCGUGCUGCCCGACAAGGCUCGCAAAGUGCUGGGCUAAUGCCAUG